GCGCGGGGGCGGCGGGCGGGGGAGUGCGGGCGCGCGGCGCAAGAGCCGCGGCCGCGCCAUCAUCCUGAUCCAGAUCGUGUUCGCGCUGCGCGCCACGGCGUCGCACUCCAUCGUCAAGUGCUACUAACGACCUGAGCAAGCGGCUGGCGUGGCGCUGCGCCCGAGAGCGGCGCUCGGCUAACCUGUCGCGCCGAGACCCGCGCCCAUGGUGACGGGGCACGAACACGACCUCCGCACCUCGCGCCAGCCACCACGACGACGCCGGUACUGCAACUCUCCGUUCGACUUGAUUUUGCGUCGCAGCCCCCUCGCCAGAGACAUGAAGGCAGUGUACGAUGAACUUUGCUCAACAGGAAUAGUCCAUAUUCGUGUAAACCGCUGGAUCGAGGAAGAUGAAAAAGAUAGAAUGCUUGAUCAAAUUUUUGUGUCACCUCAGAUCAAGGUGAGCUUUUGUUUACCACAAAAAGUGCACCAGUCCCACAAAAAAGACUUCAUUGUGGAACCUGAAACUAUCAACAGGUGCCUCCAAGCUCUGCGGCCUUACCAUGGUAUCCUCCUACUGGUUGAGCCCCAUGAGCUGUUGGACUCUCUGCCUCCAGAUGCAUCGCCAGCCCUGGUGCGCCUCAUCCGCACCUACAGUCCGCUCAAGAGCCUGCAGACACUGGCUGCGGACGCCGACCUCACCCUUUCGCAGCUCGCAGGGCACUUGCUGUAUUGGGCGAAAGCAACCGUCAUCUACCCCCUGUGUGAGAGCAAUGUGUACGUUAUUGCUCCGGAUGCUCCUGAUGCCCACCUGGUAGAACGCUUCUCGGAACAGUUCCCCGGAAUGAACCUCUUGCAGGUGAUGGCAGACUUCUCGCUGCCAUCGUCAGUUGGGCAGCGCUCAUCACCGCUCGGCCACCCACAGCAGCAGCAGCAGUUGGUCCAAGCUGUGGUUUGGAUGCUGCGACAUCGCGUGCUCAUGCAGCUGCACACCUACGUCAACUGCUUUCCCACUCCCCAUGGGCCAGGCCGCACCACUCAGCUCAGCCUGAGCGCCAGCGGGGGCGGCGGGGGCGGGGGCUGCGCGGGCCCGGGCGGCGGCGCGGGCGGUGGCGGCGGGCGCGCCGCCUCCGAGAGCGACCUGAGCUCCACGCUGAGCGACGACCUGGGGCCCGCCCCGCCCACACCCUUUCGCCCGGCCGCCCACCACGCGCACGCCCUCAACGCCGCCCUGCCCCACGGCCACGGGAUGAACGGCGGAGGGGCCUUCAACGCCGCUUACUACGGGUACGUGGGCGGCGGCGGUGGCGGGGGCGGCGGGUCUGCGGCGUCGACGGGCGACGAGGCGUCGUCGUUCGUGAGCCCCCUCCCGCCCGAGGACGACGCGGGCCAGGGCCUGGGGCUUGGGCUGGGGCUCGGGUUGGGGUUGGGGCUGGGCGGCGGGUCGCUGCUGCAGGAGGAGCUGCUGGCCGGCUUCUCCGACGAGGAGCGCGCCGCCAUCCUGCGCAUCCCGGCCGCGUCGUACGCGGAGGACCUGCAGCUGCUGGUGCGGCUGUACCGGCGCGGGUAUCUGGAUGGUCACCAUCACCUCGAGGAGAUGAUGUACCUGGAGAACCUACGGCGGUCCACGCUGCUGCAGCUUCUUGACAAGUUCAGGGACAUUCUUGUGACGCACGAGACUGAGGACCCGGCCAUAGCAAUGUUCUAUCCCCAUUCCCAUGCUCACUGGCAUACAUAGCAUCCGGUCACCACACUGAAGGACUCAGAACUUUCUGAGGAUGAAACAUAAAACAAAUUGAUGAAGAUCUAGGAGGUGGAGUGCCUUUAAAAAGAACUCCAAUUUCACAGACUCAAGAAGAGUGUGUUAAAUAAAAAAAAUCGAAGAGUGAGCGAAACUUCCAAUUAGUUAAAGGUUUGGAGGGCAAAUGCCGUAACAAAUUUUCAAACAAUGUGAGUCAAUUUUUUAAGGCAUUUCCUCUUCAUUGAUUUCACGUUGGAUGUGUUUUCUUUCUCUUUUUGCCCUUUCUUAUGAGCAUUCAGUCUCUUGCAGGUAGUUUUUAAAAAAACCUUGUUCUUUUUUUCUCUUUAGUCAUUGGGAAGUUGGUUUCUUGUGGGAAUGUCUGUGUUUAAUCAGUGAAUGUCAAUUAAAGUGGACAUGGUUUACACUGUGCAAAGUUCUUGAAUUGAAUGUUUUGGCACAUGGUGUGGGCAAUGUAAUGUUUGGUGUCUAUCAAUAUAGACAAUAUUUAACAAUUUUGGUGUCUACGGAAGAUGUAGUUCAGUGCUUCUUAACGUGAAAUGUGUAACUGCAAACAUUCUUCUACUUAGGAAGUUUUCUAACAAAGAUUUCACUUUUAAUCUUUGUUCUGUAAACUCUCUUUAAUCUGGUAGUGGUUGUAUGUCAACUGUCUUGAUAGACUUCUCCAUUCUGUUUCUGAAUAGAACUUAUAAAUUAUUCACAUGAAUUUUCAACACUUUUCCAAUAUAUAUUUUCACUUAUUCUAUAUUUUCCUGUUUUUAAUUGUGCUCAUUGCUUUAAUUGAUAUAUCAAAUUUAUAUUAAUUUCAUAACAUUAGAAUUGAUAAUGAGAACAGAAAGAGUCAAAAUGAUUUUAGAAAAGAGCAGUCUUCUGGUGUUUGAGAACCAUUAUUCUAGGUGGUGAUCUGUUGUAUCUUUAUUCCAUGUUAUUGUUGACUAAAUGUGUGUUGAUAUGGCUUAACAAUUGUUGAGAGAUAAAAUGUUUUCCCACUGUUACUACUGAUAUAAACACUUUAUGUGCUUUCAGUUGAAUAGUAGAGAUUAACAAAUAUGACUUGAUAAAAUAUCCAGUUAUGAGAGUUUAUUGUCUUUGCCAACUAUUGAAGAACUUUUGAUGCUGCAGCCUGAAACAUAACAUGUAGUGCCAGAAUUGUUUGACCAGCUGAAAUAAGGCAAAAUAUUUGCUACAUCACCAUUUGUUGACAUCCAAGUUGCUACCAACAAAAAGCCUGUACUUGGCAAAGUUGUAUUAUACAGUUAUUUCUGUGUAGCUCAGGAGAGUUGAGUGUUUCUUACAAGCAUAUGGGGCAAACAAUAUGUACAUUCAUUGUACAUAUUUAAGAUAAAGCAGGAUAAAGUGGAAACAUUAAAUGAUACUGCUUAGCUGCUAAAGAAGAGAAAAUUGAUGGAAUUGCCUGACAGUUCAGAUAACUAUUUUUCCUGCAAGAUGAUUUGACAGGAAGACUGCCUCAAUAUUGACUACAUGGAAUGUAUGUUCAGCGUCAUAAGUGACGUCAUUAUAUGAUGUUUUAUUCAAAGCGCACAAUUAAAUCUUUGGAACAGGCUCCUCCAGAAUUAGUGUUGUGGUGAAAACAAUGGAUUUGCUAUUGUAAUUCUCAGAUAUGUGGGUGUUACCUGAAAUACUAUGUAAACACUCAAUGGAAAUAAUUUAUUCGGUAGGAAUACCAUGUUGCUAAGAUGAACAGAUAUUAGGUAAAUUAAUGUAUCUGAAUAAUCUUUUCUUUUUUUUUUUUUUUUUUUUUCUUUUUUAAUUCUUGCUUUUUUUAAGGGGGGGAUAUUUUAUAAACACAUUAUCUUGCAAAAGUAAUAAAUAUUUCAUUAACAUUUCCAUUUUAUAAUGGAAGGAAUAAAUUCUGGGAAGUUCCUUGUAUACUUGGUUCAGUUAUGUAAGUGAUUAUUUUCAUGUUCAUUUCUCCCAAAUAAAUAACAUGUAGAGUCAUUUACAUUCUUUCAAGAAUGUUGGCCAACUUGUGCAAGUGCUUCUUAUUAUUAAGUUAUGCUUCCCAAUGAAAGAGUGUUCACUGAAAACUAUUUAUGUAGCUAGAAUACAAAAAAAAAAAAAAUGCUCUUCAAAACUUCUAUUAAAAGAUAUAUUUUUGAUAUAGUAUUCUUUUAUUCAAAAUUGUCCUAUUGUAAGUUUAUUUGAAAGCGUGAUAAAAGUGAAUAGCAGAGGCUCUUUAACAUUAGGUCACUGUGAGUCAUCCAUUUAUUUCAAUAUGUUUAGCUUCAUGUUUAAUUUCUGUAUUACAUAGUACAUUUUCAUAUUGUCACAUCCUUUUAACUUCAUUGGAACUAAUUUGCAAUAUUCUUUUGGGAGAUGACUUCAGAACACAUUAAAUAACUUGUGAAAUCUAUCCCUAACAUCAAACUGCAUUCACCGAGUUGAAAUUUCUAAGGCAUUAUCUGCUGGGACAAGAAUACAUUUCUUGAAAUGAUAUCAACAAUGUUCCACAGAUUUAGAACCUGCCUAAAUAGUUGUUGGCUGAUCUGAACCAAGAAUACCACAAAACAGAUAUGACAGUUACGGUUGAAGUAUUUGUUUAGGUUGUUCCUUCUGUAUUAAUAAAUGAGUAAUAAAAAAUAAGAAAUUUAUCUGAGUAAAACAUCAAACGUGUUCUAAGCUCAACAUUUGGAAUACAUUAAAUAUUAAUUUAAUUUUUGGUUAAUGUCAAAUAUUGUAUUUAAUUUUUUAAUAGUAUACAAAUUAAUAUAAUGUUUUAAUACUUUAUUAAUAAAUUGUAGUGGCAAUCUGACAGAAACAAAUGUCUGAACGCUGUAAAACCAGUCAAACAUGGCUUGUGUAAGAAACAUUUCAAACAUCAUCUUUUACCUAUGUGGUAUUCCAUUAUCUUGUAUUUCAGGAGCUGUCUAUGAGUGAAAAAUGUUUUCAACUUGCAUCUAUUGUAUUUAAAUGUAGUUGUAGUUUUAUAUCUUUAUUUUAAACUAAUCACAAAUACGUAUUGUUUUCUUUCAAAGGAUCAUUAUCCACAUUAAAUCUACAUGUUGCAGAUCUACUGCCUCAUAACUGAUGAAAUUGACUGUGUUUUUAGCAUUGUGACAAUGCACCAUUCCCAUAUGAGGAGAACUUGGAGUUGAUGUAUUUUCAAGAAAUGUUUCGAGAAAAUAAUUUGAAUAUUUAAAUAUGUAAAUAAUGUAAAUGUAAUUUGAAGAAUGUACAACACUCUUGCUUAUUAAUUUGAAUUCACUAUUCAUAUUUUAACUUUUGUUAAAUAAGCCCCUUGUGAUGAUGUGUAGGUACAUCUACUAGGAAUUAUUUAGUUUUCCUUUACCAAAGAUGGAUGUUAUCUAGUCAUUUCAUUAAAUGUGUUAGUAUAACCUAGUUAUUUCUUGGAAGAGAAAGACAACACUGUAUAUAUCUUGAAUGUAUAGUAUAAAAAUAUAGACUCUAAUGUUUCCAGUAAAAGAACAAUAUUUUUGCUUUUACUCCGAUAUUUCCAGUUUAAGAACUGGGUUCCUAAUAAAGUGUGGAGAAAUAUCUCUGAACAACUUUCUUUUCUUUUCCUUUUCUUCUCAAUGAGAGUUGACCUCCUACCAACAAAAGCUUUGAUCAUGAGCCAUCUUUUAUUAAAGUUUGCUCUUAUGUCCUUUGUUUUGCACAUUUCUUGAACAACUUUCUUCUAGAACUGACUAAGCAUUAAUCCAUUGAACAGCAUUAGCUGUGAUUUUUUUAUGAAUGGAUGAUAAUACUGCCUUCAUGAAGUUGUGAUAUAUUUUGUAAACAACAAAAUUUAGAAUAAAAAGUAUUUUUUUAAAGUAUAUAUGCAAAUAAAAUAAUAGAUUGUCCAAACAUUCCAUCAUAGUUAAAAUACUUGUUGAAGAAUACAUUUUAACUUCCCAUUUUAAAUUUCAAGUUGUUCAAGAAGACCUGUAACAAUCAGAAUAAAAGUAAUGAGGCAGCUUUCUCUUGAGUUAUCCAUAACAUCAUUUGGCUCACUUGAAGCAAGUUCUUCUUGAAUUGUCUUUUCCAAACAUUAUUUUUCAUUUACAUCAUGUCUUUGAAUUUCUACUUAAGAGCAUUCAUUAUCUUCUUACAAUGACCUGUGUAGUGCUACAAAAUUAGGUCACAUUCUGCAUAAAUAACGUGUAAAAGUGUCCAUAAAUGUUGCUUGAUAAUUCAGGGAGCGAAUUCAAAUUAACGAGCAAUAUUGUUACUUUAAUGUUUCAAGGUUUUUCUGUAUAAUUAUUGUUCAUUUUCUGAUUUGUGCAAUGGAUUAUAAAAUUGUUUUUAUACCCAGUAUAUUCUUUAUUAAUAUGAUUUUCACUUGAUUGUGUAUAUAGAGAGAGUUGUGUGCCGUGUGCUUACUUCACAGAUGUCAGUUGUCCUGGGCACGAUGUGACUAAAUGUGAAAAUCAACAUCAAGAAACUAUCUGUUUUCCAAGUGAAUUGGACGUGCAAUUUAUUUGAUAGUUUUGGUUCCAAAGAAAAUGGAAUAAACGUUAUAAAAAUAAUGUGGGGAUG